AACCCUAAAAUAUGGUAAUAAAAUGUCAUUGCCACUACUUUUGGAUACCCCUAAGUACAAUUAUGUUAAUUUGUACAAUGAUUACUUUAAUACGGAUUCGAACUUCAAGAUAUUGAAUGGGUGUUUUAGAUAAUCGAAGAAGAAAAUCAAUACAUCAUAAUAUAGAUCGUAAUUUAAUAACUUUAUUGUUCGUUCAAGUUGGUUUAGGAAUAUUCUUAGCGUUCUUUCGUUGUGCUUUUUUAGUUUAUAGUCUAUCGCCAAUUAAUAUGAAGAAAAAUAUUUAUAGAAUAACUGUGGAAGUAUUUUUCGAUAAACUUUCUCCUGUUAUUUAUUAUAUGAAUUUUGCUACAUCAUUUCCUGUCAAUACACUUACGAGUCCACUUUUUCGUCGGGUCUUUCCUCGAAGAAUAAUCAGUUUGCUUAGAUCAAUAUCGAAUUGUACACAAGCAGAAUAAUGCAACUUCAUUAAAAUAAAAUUACUUUAAACAUUUGACAAAUUUUGAUAUUAAUUUUUCUGACAAAGAAAAGAAAGAAAAAGAUUUCGAGCAUGAAUAGAUUAAUAAAGAGAUGAUUUGAUUUCAAACUAGAUAUGAGAUUUAUUGAUUUCGACAAACAAUUCUUCGAUCAAUCUUCGAAAGUUUCAAAUCUGAAGUUAAAUUUUUAUUUUUUUGAUCAACAUUUAUUCCGUUUUAACAAGGAAAAUCAUUUUGAAUCUAACGAGAAAAACUUCGGAUAUUUGUUGUUCUUUUAGUUUAUAAUAAUUAACAGCACUGUUUUGGUUGAUCAUAUCGAUAUGGGUGUGGGUGUGGGUGUGGAUGUGGAGUGUGGGUGUGGGUGUUCUAUUAACAAAGUGCCACACCCACACCCACGCCCAUACCUACACCCACACCCACACCCAAAUCUACACCCAUACCUACACCUACACCUACACCAACACCCCACACCCAUACCUAUAUCCACAUCUACCCACACCCACACCCAGAAUAGAGAAAAGUGAAUUAGAAAAAAAAGAAGGAAAAAUGAUUAUGUUAUGAGUUAUUGUUUGGAUAGCUCCAUUUUGCUUAACAUUUCAUGUGAAGCAGUGUUGCAACCGGUAACAGUAUACGGUCGGUCCGGUUCGGUAGAGGAUUUCUUAUCGGUUGGUAUAGAUGUUUUCAAGUAUUUGCAUGGGUUUUUUUGCAUAUCAAACAAGUCUUACUGAUGUCAAUGACUAUUUGUAUGAAAAGAAACAUGCAUUAAAAUGUUUCUAUUAAGUGAAUAUUCAUCAAAAUAUGCCUAAUAUAUUUUAUCAAAUUAUAUUAUCGAAACACAAUGAAAUUAUUAUUCAUCAUUGUAAUUUAUUAUAUAUUUAUUUUCAUUUUGUAUUAUUUAUAUCAUAUCUUUUCUAGAGUCAAAAGAAAUGACGAAAUGUUUCUGUUCGAUGAUCAUUUCAUUAGUAUACAAAGAUAAUAUAGAAUUUGUAGUCAUAUGAUAUUUUAUGUUCAUUAAUAGAUGCGAAAAGAAGAGAAAACUUAUAGAAUGAUGGAAAAUAAUUCAGCGCAAUCGGUACAAAACUAAAUAUUAUACAUAAUGAAGCUACUUUAACUAUUGUGGAAGCCCAAGAAGGAAAAGCCGAAAAUUCCGUACUUCAGUGUACUCCAAGGGUAUGCCAAUGUUUUCCUCUAGUACUCGUGAUACAUCUUGCUACCAGACUUGAUAUAGUUCAGAAGUUAUAAAAGACAUUUUUGGCAAACCCUUGAAGUAUGCUAAAGUACGGAAUUUUUACUUUUUUCCCUGGAGGAAACCUCAUCAUCCAUAUGAGAGACCAUGACAGGGCCAAAAACCAACAUGUCGAAAAACCUACUAGGCCGUUACAGACAUAUAGAAAUCUUUGUCACAGCCUGUCAGUAGGUUAAAAGAAUAUCGACACGUUUGUAACAAUCUUUGAAGCAAGUUGAGAGGGAUGAGAUUAAUUUUCUCGGCAUAACAUCGGAUUUUUGAAAUGAAUUAAAGUAAACUAUCGAAAUAUAGACAAAUAAUGGAAAUAACUAAUGCGAAAAAAGAUUGAUUUGAAAUAAACUUAGACACUUUAGAUGAGGGUAUGUUUGGAUAUUAGAAAGAAACACUGACGAGAACAAAAUUAUUUUUACACAAUAGUCGAUAAAAGUAAUUAUCAAAAUAAUUGACUUGAAGAAUUAAUUGACAAAUAUCAAACAAAUUUAAUUGUUAAGUUCAAUGAUAAAAAAAAUAAAUGAUCACGAUAUUGAAAAUGCUAUUAAUACAACUUUAAUUAAUAAACAAUGUCAAUCGUUUAUUUAAUGGGAUAAUCGUUGAACAUCAUAUUGAAUAUCAUGAUUAUCUUCUUCCAUAAGUAUAAAUACAACAUUAAAGAAGUUGAGUAUUUCGAAGAAUCAUUUAUGUUAUGUAAUUAUAAGAUAUUUAUCAGAAUCACUUUCAUUUAAAGAUUCAGCAUUAAAACAAAAUUAGUUCUUUCUUCAAAAUGAAAUUAUAGAUGAAGUUCUUAUUUAUUUAUCAGAUAUGUUAAAAACAAAUAAAACUUUAAUUAUGCUUGGAUUACAAGAUAAUAAAAUAACUGAUAAAGCUGUUCAAUAUAAAAAUAAAGUUAUUGAAGAAAUAUUUUUAGAUUUAGAUGAAUUAAUAACUGAUGUAAGUAUUGAUGUGAAUAUGGGAUUGUCAAUUAUCUGA